AUGUCUCUGGCUUCCUCUCGCAAGCACUUGAAGAAAUCCCCAAACUCAAAUUCUCGAAUCCCUAAUUCCCAAUUAUCAGAGCAAGGAGAUUUCACCUCUGUUCCUCCGUAUUAUCAAUUUUCUCAUCCCCAAAACCCCAUCCCCAAUCCCAACCCUUCGGAUCCCAACCCCAACAACCUCUACGCUUCUGCACCUCCUUUAACCCCCAAUUACGCACCUUCCGAUUACACCAACUAUCAUCCUUCUUACCCUCAAAAUCCUGAUUCUAUUCCACCCAUUGCUCCUCCUUCUUUUGCUCCCUCUUCCUCCAACCCUAAUUUCAACUCGCCCUUCGAAUCAAACCCUUCAUACCAACAACCGCAACAACAACCCUAUUUCCCACCAUACGAUCAACAUCAAACGCAUCCCAAUUACGCCCCUCCCAACCCCAAUCCCGCUCCCUCCCUAUACAACUCUGCUCCUUACAGCUACACCGGAGGCAGUGAUGAUGGCUACGGAGAUGGGGUGUAUGCUUAUCAGGGAGGGAAAGUAGAACCCUAUGGGGCACGUGUCACGGUGCCGAAAUCAUCGACUUAG